AUAUUAGGCUUCGUUGUCUGCAUGCAAGAAGGAGUCCUUAACGUUGUUGUCCAUAGAUAGAAUAACAAACGAUUUAUUUAUUAAUAAAUCAUUAAUAGAGAAAUAACUUUUGGGACAAUGUCUAAAACUGAAACUAAUCCUAAUGCUGAAUUAAGCAUUAUGGAGCAAAUACAAAAUUUGAUAAAACCACCGCCAACUGAGGAUGAAAAAUUAGGCGUUCGCCCGACGGCUACGAAGCAUCCCUACUACAAGAGACCUGGCCGAGGCCAUAACCAUGAUUUGUGCGAUGCAUGCGAGGAAGGUGGUGACUUGCUCUGCUGUGAUCGUUGUCCCUCCAGUUUCCAUUUGCAAUGCCAUGAUCCUCCACUUACCGAAGAUGAUAUUCCCAGUGGUCAGUGGUUAUGUCACAAUUGUCGCAUGACCUUAAAAACCGCUCCCUCACACUCAUCGAAAUCGAGCUCCGUGGAGCGUACGUCUACAACACCAGCAGUGGCAGCAGCUGCAGCUGGUGCCAGUUCAAGACCUAAUACUCCAUCCGCUGGCGGUGAUUUGGAGUCUAUUCCAUUGAAAAUUCGUCAUUUGCGUAAACGCAGUAGUAGUCGUGCCUCCUUUUGCAGUGAUUUGAGUAGUACAGAAAAAUAUCUUUCGAAACUACCAGUUGGUAUACAGAGAGCAUUGGAUCCAAAUAAAAAGCCCACGCCCUUAGACGAACUUAUCAAGGCGGCAAGUAUAUUAAAUCCAAAGCAAUUUGAAUUGCCCAGAGAACUCGAGAUUCACACACAAUUUCCGGGCAAUGACAAAAUUGAGCCUAUACGAAAAAAUGGCAAUAACCAUAAAAAACCGAAUUAUCGAAGAAAUUCCAAACCUUUCGAGUUGGAUUCCCAGGGUUUAGUGCCCUUGCCAGCCAAAACAUGCUUUUAUUGUCAUCGUUCGUGUAAAAAAGCACCACUUGUAGCCUGCGAUUAUUGUCCAUUAUAUUUCCACCAAGAUUGCUUAGAUCCUCCAAUGACGGCACUGCCAACUGGCUUGUGGAUGUGCCCAAAUCAUGUGGAAAAUUUUAUUGACAACAAUCUACUGUCGAGUAUUUCAGCAACGGAACGUGUUCGUUUGUGGGACAAAUUUUCACAGCCGUUCGAUCACGAGGCUGUUAAAAUGGAUUUUUUUCGUCGUGUACAUAUGAAAAAUCCACCAUUUCGUAUUAAGGUGCCGGUAAAGUCCAGAGAGGCUAUAGAAGUACCUCCCAUGGUUAAAUAUCAUUAUGAAAAUCCGCCUCCCCUAUUACCCUCGCUAAGAGAAACUCUACGCUACGACAUUGUUAAACGACGCAAAUGCUUGCCUAGUUCUCCAGAGGUUAUAUCAAAAGAGAGUGUCGCCGAAUCAUUGGUUAAGGACUUGGAGGCUUUGAAGACGGCAAAGGCUAAAUUUAGAGAAAUACAAAAAGAAUUGGGACGUGUAGAAGAAUUGAGCAGCAGUAGCAGCAGUGACAGUGAAGAUGAUGAACAAGAGGAAAAAGAAGACAAUGAUAAUGUUGAGAAGGCAGAUCCAUCACCGGAGGAUAGUAAAACACCAACUGAGUCCAAGGAAAAAUCUCUAAAAUCAGACAAAGAAGGCAAUGAUGGUUCACAGGAUGAGGAUGCCGAUAAAUCGGCCAGCAAAACAGCAUCACAGAAAUCUAAACGCUCAAAACGAAAUUCGACAAGUCACUUGUCGCUUGUGAAAGAAACUGAAAUCAAGACCGAACUUGAAGUAAUGCCUGAAGAAAAGGAGGAAAAGUCAGCUCAAACACAGACAACGCCAGAAGAGCAUGUUAAAAAUGAACCCCUUAAUCAAAGUGGUGGCUAUGAUUCCGAUGAAGAAACAAAAUAUGAUCCACAAAUAGAUGCAGAACUUCAAUAUUUAGAUGUGGAUUUGAUAAAGAAAUUGGCUUACCAACGUUUGCAACAACUCGUGCAGGAUCACCCGGAAAUUGUUGGACAAUAUCAAAAUCGUACAGCUGCUAAGCGUAUUCGAGAGUUAAAUCAGCUGCCACAUCAAGUUUCGGGAGAACAAUUGCCGCCUCCAGUUCCAUCGGCUAUUCUCUCGCCAACUGAUGUGCGGCGAUUAAGCAUAAUGUUCACCGGGGAGACAUCAUCUAUAUUGGCGCAGCCCAAUUCCACUAGUGAAGAUAUGCCUCAAUUACACCCCGCAUUAGCCACUGCGGCAGCAAUUGUGGCCGCCGACGAAGAGGAACAAAAAUAUACACCACGUGUGUAUACCGAUCAAGAGAAGGCAUACGAAAUAGCCAGCAGACUUGAAUUGAAGCUUCUGCGACGAAAAAUACGUGCCAGAGCUGUUCUAACUCCUCUGGGCGAUAUCCUCGAAGAUAAUCGUUGGUUUAGCAACAUUGAACUGCACUCGUCGUUCUUUAUGCGAUAUCGCAGCAUUAACAUUGGCUAUGGCGACUCAAAUAUGGGAGUGGACGUCAAUUUAUCUGUCAUUGGCUAUUGCCGACGCAUAUCUCCCAAGCAUGCCACAAUUUUCUAUGAUGAUUUUACAAAAACCUAUGAAUUGAUUAAUUACUCUGAAUAUGGUACAGAGGUCAAUGGUCAAUUGUAUUCCUGCGAUUUUACUGAACCACCACCCACACCUGCUAAAAAACUGAAAGCUGAAGAUGUUGAAUUGCAACGUAAAGUUCAAGCUAUUUUGGAUAAGCGAAGAGGCAUACAGCGUCAUUAUUAUGUGCUCGAUAACACGGCAAGAAUGGCACCACCCCAAAAACCGGACUGCAAAUGUUCACCAUACGAUGAGACACCCAUGAUAAAGGGUGCCUGGGAAGGGACAGCUAUUUUGCAGCAUGGUUCGCUUGUGCGUUUUGGAUGUUUGGCAUUUGUCUUCUCGAUACCUAAAGCAGACACCUGCAAUGGCCAGGGAUAAAUAGCCAGAGAGCCCGUUCAAAAUGCUCCUAACGAAAUCAUCUCACACACAAAAGUACAACAAACAAAAUUUGAAAUAAUUUUGUCGUUUUUCAUACAUAUAUUUUUUUGAUUUUAAUUUUAAUCAAAUCACUUGUAAGUAAUUUUGAAAAGCAAACUAUUCAUUCAUGAUUAACAUGAUUUUAGAACUGUUUUAAAAUUGUUUUGCAUAGAUUAAGAUAUGGAAAUAUGGACAACAAUUGUAGAUGUUGGUAUACAGUCGAUUGACACUGUAUAUAUGUUAGCGUUUUAAUGUAAAUAAUUUGUACAUGCCCAUAUGUACAUAGAAAACAAUAUUAAAAUUAUCAAUAUCCCAAAAAAAUAAAAAAAA